AUGGCUCUGGACGAUUCCGCCCUUUCUUCGUACGCCGCGCAUUUCCUGACCGUCCUCUGGCCCAGAUCUCCUCCGAGGUUGACAGUCACUACUAGAGCAUGGUUUGGCUUCACCAUCACACACACCAAGCCUUCGUCCAUAACCACUGUCUCCUGUCAGUACCGACAUGCCAUCCGACUACUGUCCACGACAAUCGGUUGGCAUCGGCGCCGCAGCAUCACAGUGACCGCAAAUGCAGAAAAACAGUGCCGGUGGCAGAUACGCACGGGCGAGGAAACCAGCCGCAUGAAAGGCCAACGGCCCGGGAUGUACGAAAACAUCAUAAGCGAGCCAUCGCCAAUACCUCGAGUGCAACCGGCAUCUAGGAUCCUCUUUUACCACCGCCACCAGCCAUACUUCGAGUUUACGAGCUUUGCACCAUAUAACAUCUACUGGGAUGGUCGCAUGUACCCCACAGCAGAGCACUUGUUCCAGGCGCACAAGUUCAUGCCACACCGACCAGACCUCGCAGAACGCAUCCGCCACCUCCCCAGCCCACGCGCCGCGCUCGAAGAGGCAGGCCGCCUGCGCGGGCUACAGCGCCCCGACUGGUUCGACGUCAACAUCAGCGUGAUGGACGCCGUGGUGGAGGCGAAGUUCACGCAGCACCUCUCACUGCGAGACAAGCUGCUCGGCACGGGCGACAGCGAGCUCAUCGAGGACAGUCCGGUACGGACGCCUUCAUGCGACGCUAUCGUCCGGAUGCUUACUGUCCGAUAG